AUGUCGUCUCUCCGCGUUCUAGUCGCCGGCGCCUCCAUCGCAGGGCCGAUGACAGCAUACUGGCUCGCUCGCGCCGGCUGCACCGUCACCGUAAUCGAGCGCUUCCCUGAACUCCGCAAAGGCGGGCAAAACGUCGACAUCCGAACCGGCGGCGUCACAGUCAUGCGUCGAACACCAGGAAUGGAAGCAGCCGUACUCUCCAAAGUGCCCAAAUGGGACGGAAUGCAAAUGGUCGGACCCAAAGGCGAGCCUCUCUUCACCAUGACCGCGACCGGAGACCCAGACAAUCAAAGCCUGGUGUCAGAAUACGAAAUCUAUAGAGGAGACUUAUCCACAAUCCUCUACGAUCUCACAAUGCAAACGGGUCGAGUGAAAUACAUCUUCAACGAACAAAUCACCGCGAUUCAGCACAGCGAGAAACAUCCAGAUGCUCCAGUCACAGUCUCAUUCGCCAACGGCACGCCCUCGACAGAAUACGACCUCGUAGUAGCAGCCGACGGAGCCACCUCCCGAACUCGAGCAAUAGGCCUCAACUGUGGUGUUCGAGACCAUAUCCACCCCAUCAACGCCUGGGCGGCAUAUUUCUCCACUCCCAAAGACCUCCUCGAAGGCUCGAUGCUCUGCAAAGCCAAAUCCUCCGUCGGCGGACGCUGGUUGGCAAUCGGAAAAUCCCCCGAAGGCGGGAACCAAAUCGUCAUGCUAGGAAUCCAGCCGAAGAACCAACCCGACGGAACCGGAAAAUUUCGAGAAGCGCAAAGGAAAGGUGACGUUGCGUUGAAAUCGUUCGUGAGCGAGUUCUUCCAAUCGAUCACAUCGGAAUGGAAAGGUCCAGAAGUCCUUCAAGCCCUUGCAGACUCUACAGACUUUUACGCUUCGGAGUCCUGUCAAGUUAAAGUCCCCUCUCUCCACCACAAACGUUUCGUUCUGGUCGGAGACGCGGGAUACGCCACGGGUCCUACAGGUCAAGGCACAUCUCUCGCCCUGACCGGAGCAUACAUCCUCGCGGGAGAGAUUUCCUCACAUAAAGACCAUGUCGCGGCGGGUUUGAGGGCUUAUGAGGAGAGGAUGAAACCUAUCAUCAAAGAGUGUCAGACGAUUCCACCGGGGAUUCCGCAGAUUUUGGCGCCGCAGACGGAAUGGGGGAUUUGGGGGAGGAAUUUGCUUUUUGGGUUGUUUACAGCUGUAACCAAGUAA